GUGUAUUUGUAAGUGAUAUUUUUAAUCUUGUUUUCCUGGGACAUGAUUUUUCCCAAUUCUCAAGAAUGGGUGUUAUUCAAAGUUUAAGAAGAAGCUAAUCUUGCAUACCCAUUGUGGUCAGGUUGGUUUUGCCUCAUUGGCUGGUAUCAGGUUGAAAAGCAGCCUGUGCUGUGCUUACCCUCAAAGGAGCACACCAACACUCACAGCGACACGAUCAUAGUGUGUGUACACCCUCCUGCAGCCUGCACUCCAAACCUACAGAUAAGACGACUGAGAUGAAUCCUGAAGAUCCUCUACUGCAGGGAAGAGGAUAUGAAGGAUAUCCAGGACAGCCUAGAUAUCCAGGACAGCCUUUAGUGGUUCAGUCCACCACUGUGAACAUCGUCACUGAGCCCCCCGAAGACUACAUCAUCUGGUCCUUCUUCUCCUUCGUCUACUCGAACCCCUUCUGCCUCGGACUGGUGGCUCUCAUCUACUCCAUCAAGUCCAGAGAUCGGAAGAUGGUUGGUGAUCUGGAGGGGGCUCGACAUUAUGGAGGAACCGCCCGCACCUUCAACAUUAUAUCUUCUAUUCUGAUUGGCAUAGGGGUCCUAAUCUCCAUUACUUUGAUCAUUGUGAUCAUUGUGAACAGAUAAUCUUCAUUCUCAUUAUGGUUAUGGUUAUUAUGGAAACUGAUGGAAAAUGAACUGUAAAAUCAUUUUGGUUGACUGAAACUAAAACUACAAAAAAACUAUAACUUGCCUACCUUUUAACCACUUAUGAACCAAUACGCAGUCUGCGAUCCUCUGGCAGAGCCCUACCGGCUGUUCCAGGCUAAAAACUAAAGGGGACAGGGCCUUUGCUGUCAGAGCCCCCAGACUUUGGAACAGCCUGCCAGAGGAGAUCAGACUUGCAGAGUCAGUCCCUUGUUUUACAUCUCUACUCAAGACAUUCUUUUAUAAAAAUGCUUUUACUCUGUGAUAUCGUUAAUUGUUUUUAUUUUUCAUUUUAUUAGUCUGAUUUUGUUGUCUGCU